CGGCGGGUCAGCUGACAGCUAUCAAGAGCGGAAUCCUGCCCGGACAUAAGAGACAGUCAAGGCUAAACCUGGGGCAGAGAGGCUGGUGGUGUUUGUGAGGGAAGCAGGGAGGGUUUGGUUUUCACCAUGGCAGGUUGGGACUGAGAAGCCACAAUGAUCGGAGGACUGUUCAUCUACAACCACAAGGGGGAGGUCCUCAUCUCCCGCGUCUACCGAGAUGACAUAGGGCGGAAUGCUGUGGACGCGUUCCGUGUGAACGUGAUUCACGCCCGGCAGCAGGUCCGAUCCCCUGUGACUAACAUCGCCCGCACCAGCUUCUUCCACGUGAAGCGCUCCAACAUCUGGCUGGCAGCGGUCACCAAGCAGAAUGUCAACGCCGCCAUGGUGUUCGAGUUUCUUUACAAAAUGUGUGACGUCAUGACGGCCUACUUUGGCAAGAUCAGCGAGGAGAACAUCAAGAACAACUUUGUGCUCAUCUAUGAGCUGCUGGAUGAGAUCCUGGACUUUGGCUACCCCCAGAACUCAGAGACCGGAGCCCUCAAGACCUUCAUUACCCAGCAGGGCAUUAAAGGACAACACCAGACAAAAGAGGAGCAGUCUCAGAUCACCAGCCAGGUGACAGGCCAGAUCGGCUGGCGGCGCGAGGGCAUCAAGUAUCGCCGUAAUGAGCUCUUCCUGGACGUACUGGAAAGCGUUAAUCUGCUCAUGUCGCCUCAAGGCCAGGUCCUGAGCGCCCACGUGUCGGGCCGAGUUGUAAUGAAGAGCUACCUGAGUGGAAUGCCCGAGUGCAAGUUUGGCAUGAACGACAAGAUUGUUAUUGACAAGCAGGGCAAAGGAGGAGCUUCUGACGAUGCUGGGAAGAGUGACUUGGGGGGAGGAAGUGGGAAGCAGUCCAUAGCCAUCGAUGACUGCACGUUCCACCAGUGUGUGCGUCUUAGUAAGUUUGAUUCUGAGCGAAGCAUCAGCUUCAUCCCACCUGAUGGCGAGUAUGAGCUCAUGAGAUAUCGUACCACUAAGGACAUCAUCCUGCCAUUCAGAGUCAUUCCUCUGGUCAGGGAGGUGGGUCGCACCAAACUGGAGGUUAAAGUGGUCAUCAAGUCCAACUUCAAACCCUCCCUGCUGGCUCAGAAGAUUGAGGUGCGAAUUCCAACCCCACUCAACACCAGCGGUGUGCAGGUGAUUUGCAUGAAGGGAAAAGCCAAAUACAAGGCCAGUGAGAACGCCAUCGUCUGGAAGAUCAAACGGAUGGCAGGGAUGAAGGAGUCCCAGAUCAGCGCUGAGAUCGAGCUGCUGCCCACCAACGAUAAGAAGAAAUGGGCCCGGCCUCCAAUCUCUAUGAACUUUGAGGUUCCUUUUGCUCCCUCCGGCCUGAAGGUGCGCUACUUGAAGGUGUUCGAGUCCAAGCUCAACUACAGUGACCACGACGUGAUCAAAUGGGUGCGCUACAUCGGCCGCUCCGGCAUCUACGAAACGCGCUGCUGAAGUCCAACCCCCCCACCACCACCACCAGGCAGCAAACUGACCACCUCCCUAUCUAUCCCGUUAAGAAUUUUUUUCUUCUUUCCUCCUCCUCCCUCGUCGUCUUUAUUCUUCCCGCGAUCUGUAUCACUUCUCUCCCACCCCUGUAAUCCCUUCUUAACUAGAUGUUGGAGAUUGAAUUUACAUCGUUUCAGAAAAUGAUUAAAAAAAACAAGAGUUAUGGUGUAAUUCAGAUAUAUGCAAAAUGUGAAGCAUUAUAUCGUAUAUAUCUAGUAGUGAUGAGUAAAUUUGUACAUCUGAUGUCUGAUAGAAAUGGACAUGUGAUGCUGGGGGCUCCGGGGGAGAGGACAGGAGGCUUAGUUUAUUCAGUGUUAUUGUUCCUGUUUUCUCCACAAACAGUCCCGUGUCGGUUCACCUUGGUGAGAUGCUUUAUCACUGUUGUGAUUUUAAACGAGUCCCAAUAGUUUCCAUAUAUCCCAGUAGUCUUACCUUCUGAAAAAAAAUUGACUGAUAUUUGAUCUUGUAUACUUGUCGCUCCAGGGUGAAAUCAUUUCCAGCAGUCUGUUUUAGAUGGUUGAGAAAAAUGAAUUUAUUGUGCAAGUUUGAUUUUGUACUUGUCCACUACACCUCCACCACACCACCCUCCCCCCUUUUUCCCUCUGCUUUUAGUGGAAGUUAUGUCCGGCAGUUUGAGAUUAGCCCAUUACUGAGUAGAUUACUGUGACUCAUUCCCACAGAUAUUUUGUAAGCACUAAGAUUUACCUUUGUCACACUAUUUUGGAUUUAAAGAUCAGUCUGCAGGGUUUGCAGUGAGGUGAGGUCUCCCCCUGGUGUUUGCUUCGCCACUGUCUGCUUCUUCAUGUUGUAGCCCUGGUGACCGUUCUGUCCAAUAAAAUCUAUGUAACCAAA